CGCCACCAAGGCCCCGGAUGUGGCAGACUGCACCUCCCCCAGCUGCCGAGCCUCCUCCGUCCACCUCCCGGUCCCCGAGCCUCCACCCAGCGGCUCUCCCUGUGCCACUGCAGUGAAAACGGUCGCUUAACCAGAACAGGAGCCGGGCUUAGACCAACACGACCCGACCAGUAAGACCACCGUCGGUGCUCCGCAGACCUCAGACUCCAGCUCCCUUUUCUGUGCGCUGCCUUUCCUUCACAUCGUCUGGAUUUCGUCAUCGUACCGGCAAGAUGGGCAAUGAAGCGAGCUACCCCCUGGAGAUGUGCUCUCACUUCGAUGCAGAUGAGAUCAAGCGUCUGGGGAAGCGGUUUAAGAAGCUGGACCUUGAUAACUCUGGCUCCCUGAGUGUGGAGGAGUUCAUGUCCCUCCCGGAGCUCCAGCAGAACCCGCUGGUCCAGAGGGUCAUCGACAUAUUCGACACCGACGGCAACGGGGAGGUGGACUUCAAAGAGUUCAUCGAAGGCGUGUCACAGUUCAGCGUGAAGGGGGACAAGGAGCAGAAGCUUCGGUUUGCCUUCAGGAUCUACGACAUGGAUAAGGACGGCUACAUCUCCAACGGGGAGCUAUUUCAGGUGCUGAAGAUGAUGGUGGGCAACAACUUGAAGGACACCCAGCUGCAGCAGAUUGUAGACAAGACCAUCAUCAAUGCGGACAAGGACGGAGACGGACGCAUCUCCUUCGAGGAGUUCUGUGCAGUGGUGGGGGGUCUGGAUAUACAUAAAAAGAUGGUGGUGGACGUGUGAGCGCCCAGCGAGCCCCUCCCCCCUCCCUCCCUCGCUCCUCCACAAUCUCUUCUUCUUCCUCCUCCUCCUCCUCCUCCUCCUCCUCCUCCUCCUCCUCCUCAUCUCAGUGUGUCCACACACUCUCCGUCUAACUCAAUGGAAGUAUUUUCUCUGUCUCAGUCUUCCCCCCCCACCCCCCCUCCACCCCUGUGUUCGUCUCCCCCCCCCCCCCCCCCCCCCCGUCUUCAUGAAGCCACUUCCUGUCCUGGUGAGUGUUGAUGAACUGCAGUCCUCUGGACCAGAGGCUCCCUCUCCCAGUUCAACCAGUACAACCACCACAAGGAUCUCCCAUUUCAACCAGUAGAAGGACAACAAGGUCAAGCUUUUCCCACUUCAACCAGUACAACCACCACAAGGAUCUCCCAUUUCAACCAGUAGAAGGACAAUAAGGUCAAGCUUUUCCCAGUUCAAACAGAACAACAACAAGAUUCUCACAUUUCAACCAGUAUAAGGAGAGGUCUUUCGUUUUUUCCCUCUCUGUCAUUUUUGAUAAUUAUUUUCUGUUGUUUUUUUAUAAAGAGUCGAACGUCUUUGGUGCGAUGGAAGCUUUGGUCACAGAGCUAGCCCGCGGCGGGUCACAGAGCUAGCCCGCGGCGGGUCACAGAGCUAGCCCGCGGCAAUCACAGAGCUAGCCCGCGGCGGGUCACAGAGCUAGCCCGCGGCGGGUCACACAGCUAGCGUGCGGCGGGUAACAUGCCAAUCAGGACUGCUCCGUCUGAGCCGUCGCCAGGGCGACCCCUGCCUGAGCCCGUCCUCUCUUGUCCCUCCUAGCUUCCCGUCCAUCUCGCUUCUGACCACGCAGCUCAUGUUUUAUUUUAUUUUGUAAGGAGAGUGAUCGUUUUAUUGAUACCUUAACAUGUUUGUAUUAUUGAUUAUUCUAGUAGAUUAAUGAACGAUGAGGCGGCUUACUGAAGAAUCUGAAGACAAACUCCGACCCAGAGAACAAGUCCGUCUGACUUACUGACUGACACACUGGUCACCAUGGAAACCCUGGUGACCCCGGGGGGUCAGACUCAGGGGACACUAGAGGUCAAGAGGUCGGCUGAUAUUCAAGCAGACGAUGUAACCUCGGCGUUGAAGAACAUCGUCCAAUCAGCAGGCAGCCUUCCUCCUGGUUGUGUUCUGAUGUGUGUACUGGGUGUAGUGGGGGAGGGGGGCGGAGACACUCUUAAACCACCGUAACCGUCGGCGAUGGCCUCAGAAACCGCUAGGAUACUCCUUUUUGUUUUUGUGUACAUUUGAAAGUUGGCUUCUUCAACCCAUGUUGUUAUUUUCAUCGUCACCAUCAUCACCCCCAACGUAACCACGGCGCCAAGCGAUGGUGUUGCCACGACGACCACGACUGACGCGCCCCCCACCCCCCCCUCCCCGGGCCAGGGAGGAGCGUGAUGAGAUUAGUAUGGGAUGAAGGGUGGGGGUCGGGGUGACGGCGUGGUGUUGGGGGGGGGGGGCAGAAGAUCAUGUUGUCAGCGACGGGACCCCCGCCCCCCCCCACCCAACACCCCCCCCCCCCCCCCCCCCGCUCUGCACGGGCCCCCCCUCCUGCAUGACAUGAGAUCUACUUUUGGGUUGUGCAUGUGAUCACUCCUUUGAAGAUAUUCCUGUUUACACACGGAUGGUGAUGUUAAUAUAUUUAAGAAUUUAAUGGAAUACAAUAAUGGAUGUUGCCAAACGUUGGUGAAUAUAAACGAUAUAACGCGGCGGUCCGGAGGUUCUUUUUGUAUUGAUCAGUGCAGCUCGAUGCUGAUCCCAGACCGCCGCACGCCGCCGGGGGGAACCUUUGGUUCUUCCUCUGUAAAUAAGACGAGUAUUGGUGGACGGCGUUCCCGCCGGGUCCCCGGAGGGAAUCUGUUCGGUUUGUGUGGAAUCUGAAAAAAGAUGGGACUUAAAAGGACCGUUUCUCAUUUUAUUCUGCAUGCUGCAUCCUAUGCUGUGGGACUGUUGGAAAUAAACAUUUAAAUAAAGUUUGAAAUGUUACGCCA